GCCGCCCGCCCCGGAGGUUAGCAGAUAAAAGCCCUGAAAGUGAUUGGAAGUGAUGGUGAAAAGGAUUUAGCCCAGGCAUUAAGGAGAGAGAGAGAGAGAGAGAGAGAGAGAGAGAGAGAGAGAGUACAUAAGAGAGAGAUAGAAGGGUAAGUGAGUACAUAAGAGAGAGAGAAGGGUAAGUGAGUACAUAAGAGAGAGAAGGGGAGAGAGAGAUUUUCCACCCAGCAUUUUUUUCUGCCCUUGAGCAUCCCGGGUAAACCCGAGCUUGUAAAGUGGGAGGAGAAGAAACGGGCACCAGCCCUUCCUCAAAGUCAAUAUUUUCACUUUUGAUUCUCCUGCACGCUGGAAAUCACGCUCUUUUUUCCCAACCGCCCGUUUCCAGAUCUAGGACACCGUUCUACCCUGUGCAGCCUUCCGCGGUGUAAUAAAAAAGUUACCCGCUGGAGAAGACCAACAAGGAGACCAGACCAGAUAACAGGAGUGGAGUACAGUAACCUACACCUCGACAGGAGCCCGAUAGUGUAGAUGGAGCCGUGCAAGGUUUACGGCAGAGAGGCGGUCGUAUAAAGGGACAGAGAAGCUCUCCCGGAUCAGAUGAAUGUUCUAAGACAAUCAUUGAGGCAAGGCGCCGGACCGCUGCGUCACGACCUGAUGGCUGUAUCUAAAGACAUAGUCAACUGUACCUUAUCAUCCCUAGCGGGAAGCUCUCAUCUCUUCCAGCCGAAAAGGACCUCUGAAAUAUGGAUUUGUUCUGCUGAUUUUCCAACCAUCACCCCCACCACCGCAAACGCAGCACUGGCGCCACUAUAUGGUUGAAGUAGAUGAGAAGUUUCUCUGACUUUCGACGCCCCCUGCUCUAUUAUUUGUCACUUUUCCAUAUCCGACAUCAAAACAAGUUAGUUUAAUUUCCUAAAGGACCUGUGAUAUUUGUAGGCCCACGUUUGUUGAACGGCUGUGAAUUGACUUAGCCAACUCGAACACUUUUAUUUCUCUUAGUGCAUUUGUAUUUUUUCCAUCAUCCCCAAAACGUCCCCUUAAGCUCAGGUGAGCGUGCAGACGCAUCUUGGUGACAACAAAGUUACUUACUGUGUCCGUAUGAUACUCAGUCGAGUUCCAUGCUCUUCGCCCCAACUCUGACUAAUGUGGCCGCCCUCGCCCUUUGCCGCCAGACCCCACUCGUCCUCGGACCACUCUCGUGCCAUGCUCCGCCAGGCCGUGUUGCUCCUCCUGCACUGCUUUGCCUCCUUGACGCUGGGCCAGUACGACCUGUGCAAGUCCCUGGUGAGCACGGACGAUGGCGCCGUGUGGGAGCAGUAUGCAUGCCAGCCCAAGGCCCAGUCCAUGAAGGACUACAUGCGGGUGAAGGUGGACCCACCGGGCAUCACCUGCGGGAACCCACCUGAGAGAUUCUGCACUCUGGAGAACCCGUACCUGUGCAGUGACGAGUGUGACGCCUCCAACCCGGACCUGGCCCACCCUCCUCAGCUGAUGCAGGACCGUGAGCACACCGGCCGCAUCACCUACUGGCAGACAGUCACAUGGGCCCGUUAUCCAGAACCCCUCUUGGCCAACAUCUCCCUAGCCUGGAACAAGAGCCUGGAGCUGACGGACGACAUCGCCAUUACCUUUGAGUACGGCCGCCCCACCUUAAUGGUGCUGGACAAGUCCAUGGACCACGGCAGCACCUGGCAGCCCUACCAGUUCUACGCUGACGAUUGUCUCGAGUCCUUUAACAUGGCACCAAAGCGUGUCUCCGACCUAUCGCCUGCAAACAUUACCCUUGUCAUCUGCACUGAGCAGUUCUCACGCUGGGUGGGAUCGAAGAACGAUAAGAACGUAAAGUUCGAGGUUCGGGAGCGUUUCGCAGUGUUCGCCGGGCCGAGGUUGCUCAACAUGGACAGCUUGUACACCCGUAUGGAGAGUAUGAAGGGCCUGAGGGAAUUCUUUACCUUCACUAACCUCAGGCUGAGGCUGCUCAGGCCAGCCCUGGGGGGCACCUACAUGCAGAGGGACAACCUGCUCAAGUACUUUUACGCUAUCUCCAACAUCGAGGUGCCCGCAAGGUGUAAGUGUAACCUGCAUUCGUCGCUGUGCCUGCUGCAAGAGGGGAACCUUCAGUGUCAGUGUGAACACAACACCACGGGACAGGACUGUCAGCGCUGCAAGAAGGGCUUCAAGGCCAAGUCCUGGAAAGCUGGCUCCUACCUGCCCACACCCAACGGAUCUCCCAACACCUGUGCAAUCGCUGGUGCCCCCACGGGCGGUGGUUCUAAACUGUCAGAAACUUUGCCUUUGACUACCACACUCGCUACUUCAGCCCCCACUACAACCUCCAUAACUGAAAGUGAAAGUGAACCUGAAACUACAACCGUAUUCCCCACUACCACACCAGAACCAGACCCGACCACAACCGCUACUCAGGAAGCUUCUGCUACUACUACUCAGGAAGAGCCCAUCCUUUCAACCGAGGCCCCAACCGACACCACCACCACUCCCACAACAGAGCCCCCUGUUACAGAACCUGAGCCUCCCCUCAUUUACAGCAUGCCCCCCCCAACCACCACCAUCAACCCCACCGAUUCCCCUCCACCACCUCCACUUAUAGAGGAAAAACGUACAACUUCCAUCAACAUUACCACAGAGGCCACGCCCCCUACAACCACCCCUCAGUCUAUCACAGAGGAGUCCACACCCCCUCCACCGAUAAUGGAGGAGCUCACGUCACCGUUCCUGACCGAGAGUACUCCCCCUGUCACAACACCGCCCCCAACGGAGCUGCCUAAGCCAGUGGUUGUGGAGAGUGAAGAAGGUUGCAAUGUUUUUUGUACAGAUGCUAAUAGUGAAGUGGCAGAAGAUGCAGGAGAGACUGAGAUUCCCUCUGAAAAAGAGGGUGAGGAAGAGGAGAUGAAGGAGAAAGAGAGGGGGGAAGAGACUGAAGAAGUCACCUCCAAACCUGCUGAAGCAGAGGACAAUGCAAAGAGUGAUACUCCCUCUAAGAUAGGACUAAAGAAGGAGGGAGUGGAGGAGAAAGAGGGAAUGGAGAAGAAAGAGGAAAAGACUGAAGAAGGUAUAGGCCUAUUGUGCACUGUGUGUACUGUCACCCAAAAGCCUGAAGCAGUGGACUCUGGGAAAAGAGAAAAGCCCUCUGGCAAAGAUGAGCGGAUGGAGGAGAAAAAGGAAAAGAAAGAGGAAAAGAAAGAGACAACAACAGAGAAGGAGAAAAAUAAAGUUCCCCCCCAACCUGAGGCAGAGGGCCCUGGAGAGAGUGAGAGCCCCUCUGAGGGAGAAGGAAAGAAGGAGGAAGUGGUGAAGAAGGAGAAGGAGAUUGAGGCAGAAGUGGAGGGAACGGGUGGCACACAGGAGACCGGGAAACCCUCUGAGAAAGAGGCAGAGAAAGAGGAGGGGAGGGAGGAGGACACAGGAAAAAAGACUGAAGAGGAAGUUCUCGAAACACCUGAGUGGGGAAGCUUGGGUCAGGAGACCUUAGAGCCCCCUGGGAGAGAAGAGGAGAAGAAGAAGUGGGAGGAGGAAGAGAGUGAAGAGGAGAGAGAGUAUGCAAAAAAGAAAGGGAUUCUCAAGCUCUUGAUCUCAGGAGGAGAGCCCCAGGCCAGACAGUUGUAUGGGAUCAUAUACGAUGAUUUCAAAGACUGUGAGUGCUACGGCCACUCUAACCGCUGCAGCUACAUAGACUACCUGAACAUCGUAACGUGUGUCAGCUGCAAGCACAAUACAAGAGGACAGAACUGCCAGCACUGCAGACUGGGCUACUUCAGAAAUAACUCAGCUGAACUGGAUGACGAGGGUGUCUGCAUCGAGUGUAACUGUAACCAGAUGGGAUCUGUCCAUGACCGGUGUAAUGGGACAGGCUUCUGCCAGUGUAAAGAUGGCACUACGGGGCCCAAGUGUGACGACUGUUUCCCUGGGUACUACUGGAAACAAGGGUGUUACUCUAAUGUGUGUGACGAGGAGCUGCUCCUGUGCCAGAAUGGUGGGACGUGCUCCCAGAACCAGAAGUGUAUCUGUCCUCCAGAGUUUAAGGGCGUGCUGUGCCAACAGUCCCGCUGUGAGGGGGGCAAGGCCUGCAACACCGCCUCCACCCUCCACCUCCUGGCCCCCCUCGUCCUACUACCACACCUUUUGGCCACAUUAACUGCACACUGAGUCACCUGCUGCCCCCUCAAACACAGGGGGAACUGUUGUGUGUGUGGGCAACCCCAGAGAGGGAAGAGUGGGAAAGGCCUGCUAGCUGGCCAAGGACCCUAUGAGCACACACAUCAUAAGACUGUUACUGACUCAGGGACCCCCCCCACCCACCCACCGCUGUGAGAGUAAAAUGAGACUUCAGAGGAAGACUGAGGAAAAUCAAGACAACCAACCCACUGUCUCUCCCUUUAUACGAGAGACCCGGAGAAAUCUCAUACCAAAAAGCAUUAUUAUUACUAUUAAAUGAGCAAAUGAGAACACUUUAAAUCAUUACUGUUCACUAUGAAGAAGAAGGGAGCGAGGAAAUGGCUGAUGUAACACAAUGACGUUUCCUUUGUCUUUAUUGAUUUGAGUUAAUGCACCCCUCUUCUCUUGAGACCCUGCACUUACUGCUGCGGAAAGACUAGACAUGGGCGGAGGGCUGGUGGGAGGGGGGAGGGCUAGGUCGUGAUUCGCUGCUGAGGACUACUUAGAAUAUAAACCAUUAAUGUAUCUUAUGUGCCCACCGACAGACUGAGAUGAUACAUUUAAUUAUUACAAUAUCCAGAGGGUUAUCAAUAUUAAGAUUUUAGUCACUAUUACGGACAUUAUAGGAAUGAGUGUUGCCACCGUUUAGCAAGAUUAAAUCUUCACACAGUAUUCAGGAAUAAAACAAUCUAACUUACCAACAGUCUAAAAAGAGAGAGAGAAAAGGGGAGAAAGUAUCAAUAUUAUAAGUCAUUAUUUGAAUAUUUUUUGUUGAGAUUAUUUUUGUUUGGAGUUAUAAUAAAUUAACUAUUCCAGAGGAGCAUUUUAUUACACUGUAAGCGUUACAGUAAAUGUGAAUGAUUUA